AUGGACUCCAAUACACCCCCUCAUCCACUUCGUGGUCCACCAGCAAUGCCUUCUGCAAAGUCACAACGAAUAUACCCUCACAUCAGCGAUCUUCAGGCCCGGUCAGAUGGCCUCGUUCCUAUGAAACGCUCGAUCAAGUCGUGGGUUGACGAAGCCAAAAUCCACUGGCGGCAAGCAAAAUGGCAUUAUGAGUUUGGGAGGUUGGACUCGGCGUACUGCGAUUUUGUCAUGGCCAACACCAUCAUAAUAAAAACUAUCCCGCAAUGUGCAGAUUAUCCUACCUUUGCAUCCGGCAAACGGGGAAUGGCUUUCAUGGAAUAUAGCAAGCUGAAUGAGGAAUUAAAAGCAAAAACUCCCCUCUAUCUCAAAGUAAAAGAAGAAAUCAAGAAAGAUAAUGAGCUCUCUGGAGUUCAGAGUGCAAAUGCCCAGCUUGAAGCCGAGAGGGUUGCGGAGAGGGUUAGAGCUACCCUCCAUCCAGAGACUGGGGUGUCUCAAGACAUUCCGCCGAAAACGAAGCCGGAAGUCCGAGCGAAACCAGAAUACCUGUCAAUGGGCAAAGAACAUUCUCGAACAGGCUCUGGGGCCAAAUCCCCACAGCUGAAUAGUCAAGGGAUUGUUCCGACGUAUGGAAAAUCUUCACCCAAUGCUCUAGAUAGUACCUUAGAUUUGAAGCGUCGGUUGGAGAGAUUGACUACAACAACUUCCAGAUCAAGUUCACCAGCGUCGCUCUCACAGCUAGUCCCCACGACUCCACCCACGGUCGUUCGCGGUCCUCGAGAGAUGCCGGCAAAAUUGCCUCCGUUAAACGUGAAUGCGAUGCCUACGUUACCCCCCCCUACUUAUUCCCCAGCCACUAGUCAUGGGGGUAUGUUGCCUUCGCGAAAUGCAUCACUCCCUUCUACUGACGGGAAUGGUGCGUCCCGCCAACCAAAACCCAGUUUUCCGAAUGAUACGAUAAUAUCGGUGGAUGCUCUAUACAGUUAUCUAAGCAAGGAGUCACAAGUUACAAUCCUCUUACUAGAUGUUCGUAGUCGAGAGGAAUUUGAUGAGGGGCAUAUCUACGCAAGAUCAGUAGUUUGUAUUGAACCUAUAGUUCUUCGUGACGGAAUGUCCGAAGAUGAUUUGGAUAGAAGUUUUGUUCUAGCACCAUCAAAAGAACAAGAAUUGUUCAGUGCAAGAGACAAAUACGAUAUUGUGGUUUAUUACGAUCAAUCCAUGGCCAAUAAAAACUUUCUUUCUGGCCUGACACAGGACGAACAUCAGAUAGCUCUUCGAAGCUUGCAUAUGGCCAUUUACGACUUUGCUUUUAGGAAACGAUUGCAGAGGGCACCGAUGCUACUACUUGGAGGCCUUGAUGCUUGGAUAGAGUUGGUUGGGAAACAUUCCUUGAAAACUAGCGAUACCGCAGAACUUGCAAAGUCAGAGCCAACAUCUAGGCCUUCAAGUCGGGUAGGAAGGCAAUCUAUAUCGCUCGAAAAACCUCGCAGUGGUAUUGGAGUUAUACGAGAUACGUCACCAAGCGUGUCUGAGAACCGGUUAUCAUUGGCCAAGAGGCGGCAGGAUCGUGAUCCCCAAAGAGGUUCCAUGCCACUGCCAGUGCAAAGGGUGAGUUAUGGUAGGAAGCAAGAACCCACACCAGUCGACCCCAUAAAUAUUGAAGAAGAGCAGAAAUGGAUGGAUAGGCUACAGAGGGAAAGAGAACCCCUUACUAUCAGUGUCCCACCCGUAUCUCCACAUCCAGAUGCCGAUGUUGAAUCAAAAAAGCGGCGGCGAGGAACUUCUAUAGUCGCGGGGAAUGACAAUUUCUCGACUGGAUAUGUUAGAACAAUGGAGGAAUUUUUCCAACGGUAUCCUGCACAACCCUCGAUGUCCCCUAUCCCACCAACACCGAUAAGUGCUGGAACUCCAAUAACUCCACGCGGACAACACACGAUCAUCGACCACCCGUUUUAUGGGUUUACUGAUGUCCGUAAUCCAGACUUCAAUCCCCCGCCCACUCCAAUCAGACCACCACCUGCAGUUCCACGAAAGAGCUAUAGCGGAGUCUCAGAGCGUCUUGCCCCGCCUAUACCCCCGCCCCUUCCCCCUGCCCCCGAAAUACCGCCGAGGCCACCUAAAAUCCCACUUAUCCCAGAUGGAGAAUCAGGCUCGCCAUUUCGAACAAUUGGGAGCAUCAAUAUUGGUAAAACUGGAUUAAAAAAUUUGGGAAAUACCUGCUACAUGAACGCAAUACUGCAAUGCAUGAGUGGUACAAUACCACUGUCGCGAUACUUUUUAGAUGGGAGUUACAGAAGUCACAUUAACAAAGACAAUCCGCUCGGAUCUCGAGGAGUUUUGGCAGAAGCAUUUGCAAGUGUGGUAAAAAACUUGUGGAGCGGUGAAUACAAAUUCAUCUCUCCUGUGACGAUAAAGGAUGUGUCUGGUCGAUUGAAUGAAAUGUUUAAAUCAGAUGAUCAGCAAGAUGCCCAAGAAUACCUUGAGUUCCUAUUGGAUGGGCUGCACGAAGAUCUUAACCCUUACGCAAAUCGAACUAAACUCAGGCCUUUGACAGACGAGGAAGAAAGGCGACGAGAGACCCUUCCUCAGCAAACAGCAUCGCAUUUGGAGUGGCAACGCUAUAUCCAUUCGAACUUUUCGGUCGUCGUAAAUUGGUUUCAGGGUCAACUAAGUAGUAGGCUCAUGUGUUUAACGUGUGGUAUCACUUCGACCACAUAUAGCGGAUUUAUGUAUCUCUCGCUUCCAAUACCUUCGAAAAGGGGAGGAUUUACCCUCGCGGACUGCUUGGAGGAGUUUGUGAAAGAAGAAAUACUCGAAAAAGAUGACGCUUGGCAUUGCCCGAAUUGCAAAAAGGCUCGGAAAGCUACGAAGAAACUCACUAUCACUCGCCUACCUCACAUUUUGAUUAUUCAUCUAAAACGGUUUACAAAUCGGGGUCUAUGGCGGGAUAAACUCAACACAAUGGUUCAAUUUCCUUUGAAAGACUUGAACCUAACAAAAUACGUACCACCUUUAUUGCCCAGGGGUGCACUGGGCCCCAACGCCCCUGAACCUAGUGCCGAAGUGACGCCGCCUUUUAUGUAUGACCUUUACGGGGUAUGCAACCAUUAUGGAACGCUAAAUGGAGGUCACUAUACGUCCUUUGUGAGAAAUAAUCAUCAGAAUGCUUGGAAUCAUUUUGACGACAGCAAGGCAAGCUUUGUUGACGAUUCUGCAGUAGUGUCUCGGAAUGCAUACGUGCUUUUUUGGGUCCGGUCAAAUGUUAUGUGA